AUGUAUCACGAUUCUGGAUUUCAGAAAUGUAUUCAUGAAAAGGAAAUUGAAGGAAAUUGUAUUUCAGAAAUUAGUGAAACAGUUUCGUAUUUCAAUCAAAGAAAUGUAUUAGAAAGGUAUAUGAAACAGAGAUUAAUACCAAAGGAUUAUGCUAGAAUCUAUAUGAAAACUGUUGGAAUAGUUGAAAGAACUGUUUGUGGAGUUACAUGUUUCGAUACUGGCGGACAGAGAUGUGAGAGAAGUAGAUGGGAAGAUUUAAUUACGAGCUCAGAAUGUAAACAUUGCUUUGUAAUUUCUCUAUCUCAGUGCAAUGAAUUGUGUUAUGAACUUUCGGAUUUGAAUAGAUUUGACGAUUCGUAUAGACUUUUUCAGAGUGUUUUGGAAAGAAAGGAAAUCAAGAGACUUUAUGUAAUUUUCACAAAAUUUGAAGUGUUGAGAGAAAAGAUUAGGAGAGGAUACAAGCUUUCAUCAUUCUUUAAGGAUUUUAAGGGAAAUGAUUCAGAUCCAAAUGAGGUGAAAGACUUUAUCAUUGAAAAGUUUCUUAAUUUGGAUCGAGAAUCUAAAAUUGCCAAGCACUUUGUUGUUGAUUGUUGUUUCCAUAGAGAAUCUCUAGUUGGAAUGUUUAAUGAAGUUGUUGGAAGACCAGCAUUUGAUAUGAUCGAUCUGAAUUUCAUUCCAACACCUUCAGAAGUGGACAAAUGGUUGGAUAAAGUUGAUCCAAAUUGGAAAGUCAAUAUUCCAACCACUCGAUUCACCAAUUUAAUGGAUGCAAUUCUUUCCAAACCAGAAAUUGAAAUUAUCUGGACAGCAAGACCUUUGAAACGAGACGAAAUUCUUUCUGUUUCAGAAUUCUUUGAUUUGGAUGACAUUCUGAACAUGAGAUUAGUUUGCCGUGAAUUUAAUGGAAUUAUGAAUGAAGGCGGAAUUAGGGUCAAGAAACCCAAUCUUGAACUGUUUAUGAAAACUCCCUUCAAAUAUGUGAAAUUUAUUGAUUUACAAUCAUGUUUCUUGACAAGCGAUAUUUUUCAACAUCUAGUUAAGGAUGACAGAUUUAAAAGUUUGGAAUAUUUAGAUUUGAGCAAUAAUUACCUUCUCAAAGAAGAGGACUUUGAAUAUUUCUUUGAGAAUCAACAAUUUAGAAAUUUGAAAAUUCUCAAAAUGGAUUUUUGUAAUUUCAGCAAUCUUUCAGCGAUUUCUGAUUGUAAAUUUCCUCCAAAAUUGCAAAGCCUUUCACUGAAUGGAGUUAAAAACUUGAAUAUUUCUGAUCUAUCCAAAUUGGUGGACAAUCUUGGAAAUACUUUAACUGAAUUGAAUGUGAUUCAUUCUAAUUUGGAUAUUUCCCAAAUAGUCAAUUCUAAUAUUUCUAAAAAAUUGAAAAUAUUGAACUAUUCUUUGGUGGGAAAUUAA